CUACCUUAUUUCCGUUGCACCAAUGGUAGUGUAUAGGUGUUCUGUGGUUGCUCCAUAGAGAAAGAAGAAGACAAUAGUAGUGUGUAGUUGUUCUUGCAUUUAGGAAACUCUAUGGUUCUGUAGUGCACUCUAGCCGGAGGUCGUGCACCACGCACGGUCUGAAAAUCAAACAUGCGAUCUCGCGCUACUCUCUACGAGCCCUGCGCGCGUGGCCGAUGGUACCAGAAUCCAUUGUUUAAGCGCUAUUGGCACCACUACCAGCACACAAUCAAGUGGUUUCACUAUCACCAACAACUUUUACGGGACCUAACUGUGCAAAGCCCGACAUAUGGUGUGGAGAGGGUGCCUCACCAGGCUUUUCAGCACUCCGCCCAUGAAGUGCAUGCAUUGCACACGUCUGAAACAGGGCGAGGUGGUGACUUUGAGAUGCCAGUUACUGAAGAGCUGAUUGCUUUCUUUGAGCAGAGUGCACUGCAUCGUAAGAGCCUUGGUAACUCGGGGUACUCACAGGAGCGGCAGCAAGCAACUGCGCCAGCCUCUUACAGACACGAGCUCCACCAUCUGUAUGGGCCAGCUGCUGCAGCCUCAGUGCAAGGCAUGGAGAUGGCCGCGCAGCUUUCCUAUGAACACUUUACCGACAGCCUACAGCCAAAACCUUGGCCCAACAUUCCACUCAAGACCGGAUGAGUAAAAGUUCAGACCAGCAACGCAGGAUUUAAUUGAAAUAUGAGAAUUUGUUUUAAGGAAAAACCUUAAGAAAUGUGUACUUGAUGCAUAUGCCCGCAUGGAAUGUGAAUAAUAAAAAAAACACUUGGCAAUGCUGGCACAA